AUGGCGGACGAAGUGUAUGACGGUGCCAUUGGCAUUGAUCUGGGUACUACCUAUUCCUGUGUUGCUACCUACGAGGGUACCAAUGUCGAGAUCAUCGCCAACGAGCAGGGUUCUUUCACCACCCCUUCUUUCGUUUCCUUCACUGAUAAGGAGCGUCUGAUCGGUGAGGCCGCCAAGAACAACGCUGCCAUGAACCCCCGCAACACUGUCUUCGAUGCCAAGCGUCUGAUUGGUCGUCGUUUCGAUGACCCUACCGUCAAGAAGGACAUCGAGUCUUGGCCCUUCAAGAUUGUUGAUGACAACGGCAGCCCCAAGAUCGAGGUUGAGUACCUCGGCGAGAACAAGCAGUUCUCUGCCCAGGAGAUUUCCUCCAUGGUCCUCACCAAGAUGAAGGAGAUUGCCGAGACCAAGCUCGGCAAGAAGGUCGAGAAGGCCGUCAUCACUGUUCCUGCCUACUUCAACGACAACCAGCGACAGGCCACCAAGGACGCCGGUUCCAUUGCCGGUCUUAACGUCCUCCGUAUCAUCAACGAGCCCACUGCCGCCGCCAUUGCUUACGGUCUUGGUGCCGGUAAGUCCGAGAAGGAGCGCAACGUUCUCAUCUACGAUCUCGGUGGUGGUACUUUCGAUGUCUCCCUCCUCAACAUCCAGGGAGGUGUCUUUACCGUCAAGGCUACUGCCGGAGACACCCAUCUGGGUGGACAGGACUUCGACACUAACCUCCUUGACCACUGCAAGAAGGAGUUCAGCCGAAAGACCAAGAAGGACCUUUCUGGCGAUGCCCGUGCUCUCCGACGUCUCCGAACUGCUUGUGAGCGUGCCAAGCGUACUCUCUCCAGCGGUGCCCAGGCCACCAUUGAGAUCGACUCUCUCUUUGACGGCGAGGAUUUCACCAUGUCCAUCACCCGUGCCCGUUUCGAGGACCUUAACGCCAAGGCUUUCUCUGGCACCAUUGAGCCCGUUGCUCAGGUUCUCAAGGACGCCCAGAUCGAGAAGAAGGCCGUUGACGAGAUCGUCCUCGUCGGUGGUUCCACCCGUAUCCCCAAGAUCCAGAAGCUUCUCUCCGAGUUCUUCGACGGCAAGAAGCUCGAGAAGAGCAUCAACCCCGAUGAGGCCGUUGCAUACGGUGCCGCCGUCCAGGCCGGUAUUCUGUCUGGCAAGGCUACCUCCGCUGAUACUUCCGACCUCCUUCUCCUUGAUGUCGUUCCUCUGUCCCUGGGUGUUGCCAUGGAGGGUAACAUCUUCGCUCCCGUCGUUCCCCGUGGUACUACUUGCCCUACCCUGAAGAAGCGAACAUUUACCACAACCGUCCAGUUCCCCGUAUACCAAGGAGAGCGCGUGAACUGCGAGGAUAACACUUCCCUCGGAGAGUUCACUCUUGCCCCUAUCCCUCCCAUGCGUGCCGGUGAGGCCGUCCUCGAGUGUGUCUUCGAGGUCGACGUCAACGGUAUCCUCAAGGUCACUGCUACCGAGAAGACCUCCGGUCGCAGCGCCAACAUCACUAUCUCCAACUCUGUCGGCAAGCUCACCACCGACGAGAUCGAGAAGAUGGUCAACGAUGCUGAGCAGUUCAAGAGCAACGAUGACGCUUUCCAGAAGAAGUUCGAGGCCAAGCAGCAACUCGAGUCCUACAUCGGCCGUGUUGAGGAGAUCGUCUCUGACCCCACUCUGUCUCUUAAGCUUAAGCGUGGCCAGAAGGAGAAGAUCGAGAGCACUAUCAGCGACGCCAUGGCUGCUCUUGAGCUCAACGAGUCUUCGGCUGAGGACCUCAAGAAGCAGGAGCUUGCUCUCAAGCGCCUUGUCACCAAGGCUAUGUCUUCCCGAUAA